AUGGUUUUCCGCGCACCGUCAUGGGUUCCCCAGCUCAGUGACACCGACAUCCCAGACGAUCUGCCACUCAACGAUUUUCUGUUCAACGAUGAACUACGCCCACGGAAGUGUGCUGAUUCCCCAACACCAUUCAUCGAUAGCCUUGACGGUAGUGGUAGCAGCAUUGAGGAGACACGGAAGAGGAUUGAGUGGCUGGCGGCGGGCAUAGCAACUCACUUGGGCAUAACAGACACCACUGGAGAUGUGUGGGAUCGAGUGGUGAGUGUCUUCACCGUCAACAAUAUUCACACUCCGGUUCUUGCUUGGGCGGUGCAUCGUUUUAAUGGCGUUGUUGCACCAGCCAAUGUCGCCUUUCGGGCAUCCGAGUUGGCAUAUCAGCUGAAAGAUUGCAAGGCACGUUGCAUCUUUACCGACGCAUCCCGUCUAGAUAUUGCCCUUGAGGCGGCUACAGCGGCGGGAAUCUGCUCUUCCAACGUCUUUUGGGUCUCGAUCCCUGCCGACACCGGUUGUCCAACUAACAACAUUCAGUCAUUCUCGAAUCUAGAAGACUUGGUCAACAUUGGACGCCGAACGCCGCCUCUACCAAAUACCAGAUGGGAAAAGGGUCGUGCUCGUAAGCAACCGGCCUAUUUGUGCUACUCCUCGGGGACUUCUGGGCCGCCCAAAGGCGUCAUGAUUUCCCACCGAAACAUAAUCGCCAACAUUAUGCAAAUGACCCUCUAUGAACUCCCCCUCCGCAAUGACAACCAACCUGAAGUCAUCCUCGGUAUCUUGCCCCAGUCUCACAUCUAUUCCGUUAUUCUCACCACGCACUGCUCUGUGUUUCGCGGGGACACAGUGAUAGUAGUGGCCAAGUUUGAGCUGAUGAGCCUGGUCAAAGCCAUACGGAAAUUCAAGAUGACCAUGCUCUACGUGGUGCCUCCAAUUCUCAUUGCUCUGAUUAAGCAAGGGGCCUUAGCCAAAGAUCCUACGGUGUUUGACCUGCCGUCCGUCAGGCGUGUGUACUCUGGCGCGGCACCGCUCUCCGAAGAGCUUACCACGCAGAUCAGAGCGCGUUAUCCUCAUGUUCUCUUGGGCCAAGGAUACGGCAUGACGGAGUCGGCUACAGUCAUGGCCUCGCACCCUUGCGAAGUUUACGAUGGGUCCAGCGGAUGUGUAGUCCCUGGCCUGGAAAUCAGGCUUGUUGACGCCAGCGGAAAUGAUGUCGAGGGCUACAACCAGCCCGGCGAGAUAUGGGCUCGUGGGCCCAAUAUCACUCUGGGGUAUUACAAGAACAGGGACGCCACGGCCACCACAUAUAGCGGUGGCUGGUUGAAGAGCGGAGAUGUCGGCGAGUUCCGACUGCAUCCCAAAACAGGAGAUGCCCACCUAUUCAUUGUGGACAGAGUCAAAGAACUCAUCAAAGUCUCUGGGUUCCAAGUCGCCCCUGCGGAGCUUGAAGGUCAUCUGCUCAGUCACAGUCUGGUCGAUGAUUGUGCAGUCAUUCCGGUUGCUGAUGAGAGGUCAGGAGAGGUGCCAAAGGCAGUUGUUGUCCUAAGUAAGGAUGCCGGCUGUGAUCACCGUACGGCCGAGAGAAAAAUUCUUGACUGGGUAGCCAAGCACAAGUCAAAACAUAAGCACUUAAAGGGCGGAGUCGACUUUGUGUCGGAGAUCCCCAAGAGCCCCAGCGGGAAGAUCUUGAGAAGAUUCCUCCGGGACCGCGAGAAGGCCCGCCAGGCGCAGAUCUCCGCCAAAUUGUGA